CUCCGGGCGCUCUGUCACGUAUGCUCUGUUACGUCUCUGAACCCAAAGCUAAAGAGACUCCGGGUAUGGCCAGUAGUCCCACCUUGCAUUUAUUUCCUCCUUCUGCGAAGUGCCAAGGAGCAAGUGAAGACUGUGAUCUCAGGUGCCUUGCUCUUCGGCUGAUACUCCGUAACCAGAAUCAUCAUGCCUCGUGGUCAUAAAAGUAAACUCCGAGCCCGUGAGAAACGCCAUCAGGCUCGAUGUGAAACCCGAUCUACUCAGGAUGCUCAGGUCCCGACAGUAGAAGAGAGAGUUAAUCCUUCUUCCUCUUCUACCCUGUAUAGUAGUGAUGUCCAGAGUUUUUCUGAUGCUGAAUCACUUGGCAAACCCAAGAUGGCUCAGAGGCCCACCACUGCUUCUGUAAGUGCUCCAGGCAUCAAGUCGGAUGAAGGUGUGAAGAGCCAAGAUGAGGUGAGACCAAGUACUUCCUGGGCAUGUUCCUCAACUAGUAAUCCAUCGUCAACCAAGAGAGUUGAAAAAGCAGUUUCAUUGAUAAUGUUCAUGCUGCGAAAGCAUAAAAAGAAGGAGCCAAUAACAAAGGAAGAUAUACUAGAGCAUGUCAUCCCACACAACAGGGAAGAGUUCCCUGAUGUUCUUAAGAAAGCCUCUGAGCUCAUGGUGUUGACCUUUGCUGUUGAUGUUAAGGAAACUGACCCAACCAGACACUGCUAUGAACUUUUCAGCAUAUUUAGUCCUACUGGUGAAGAACUUACGAAUUGUGAGGAAAUCAUGCCCAAGAGUGGCCUCUUGAUGACAAUCCUGUGUCUGAUCUUCAUGAACGGCAGCUGUAUUAAUGAGGAAUAUGUCUGGCAAGCGCUUAGUGUGAUGGGAGUAUAUGCUGGAGUCGAUCACUUCAUCUAUGGAAACGUCAAGAAGCUCAUCACCAAAGAUUUUGUGGAUGAUGGGUACCUGGAAUAUCGGCGGGUACCUUACAAGGGUUCGCACUGUUAUCAAUUCUUGUGGGGUCCCAGAGCCCUCUUUGAAACAAGCAAAAUGAAAGUACUUGAGUUUCUGGCCAAAGUCCAUAACACUGUUCCCAGUGCCUUCCCAUCCUUGUAUGAAGAAGCUUUGAGAGCCAACCAAGAGAGAAUGCAUGCUAAAUUUACAUCUAUGAUGCUUUUUGGUUUCUUAGACGAUGCAGAGUCCAAUGACAAUUCCAACAAUUCCUCCAACCAGCACUGAAUUCCAAAAUUCCUGCUUUUCAUCAGUUUGAAAGAGAACAUUCAAUCAACUAGUGGGGACUGAGGUGGUGUUGGAGAGAAAAGAGUGCAUCUCAUAUUUGUAGCCUUAUUUUACAUGAGUAACAUUCAGUUUUGCUUUUUCAAAUUUCCAGACUUUUCUUUCAGUUAAGAGUUUCAGUAUUGAAAACAAAUUGAAAUACAUCUUAUUCAUCUGAAAGAAGAAAACAUGGCGCCAGAAUAGACAAUUUCUUAGAAGAAGCAAAACUUCAAUAAAAUUGUUUGCAAGAAGAAAAUAUGGAAAACAUGGUAGUAGAUGAUGCACUCUUGGCUUGUCUGAAUCUUGUUAU